AUGGUGACCGACAAUGCUGGCUCAAACACCAUUGAAAGCCUCCUUCUGGUUCAGGAGACCAUCACUGGUUUACGGUUGACUGGACCUCAGAUGAUUAAAAUUGAGAUACUGUACAAGGAUUAUUUCUGGGAGGCCAGCCUUGAAUCAGGAACAGAUGUUAUGUACCAAUGGUCUCUCCUGUCCUUGAGUGGUGGCCGUAACAUCACUGGCACCUCUUAUGGUGUCAUGGACAAGUACCGGAAUCAGUUUGAGGUACCAGGCAUUUACAGUCUAAUUGUCGCCACUCGCAAUAAUGUUAGCCAGUCAGAGGCCAGUUUACUUAUCACUGUAUCCUACCCUGUAACCAAGGUUACAGUCCAGACACGCCCAAUCCCGCUAGGUCAAACCAGCUACAUCAACAUCACAGUAACAGGGGCAGAUAACUUCAAUGUCCAAGUAGAUUUUGGAGACAAUUCAUCAACGGAGGUGUCAACAUUACAAUACAAUUCAAACAUAUUCAGAUUGUCUAACAUAAGCUACAAAGUUAUGAUCCCUCACAUGUAUACUAGAAAGGGGACAUAUAAAGUAAGCGUGAAUGUUUCAAACCAAGUGUCAUCUUUGGAGGAGACAGCAGUUGUGUUAGUGGGCGAACCAAUCACAGGCAUAAAACUACACACCUCCUCUCCAAGUCUGGUACAGGUGGCAGAAUGGGUCGUUGUAACAGCAACUGUUGAUACUGGAGAUGACCUCACAUUUGAGUGGGAUUUCUCAGAUGAAGUAUAUGAGCCUAGCCAGUACCUAAAAGUCAUAAGUGAAGGAAACACAAGUACAGCUAAUUACUCCUUCUCUCUGGCCGGACAAUAUGCCGUGAUUUUACGAGUCUACAACAUCUUAUAUACUCAGCCAUUCAUCGUCACGUUGGACUUCAGGUUCCAUGUUAUGGAAGUGGUCAGUCAACUGACCAUUGAAAUCUACGAGAAGAUAACAGGAUUGCCACUACAGGGAUCAGCCCCUAACCUGUCCACUCCAGAGGUUCAAUUCCAGUCAAAGUGUAGUGGCUCGGACGUGACUUUUGAAUUCAAUUUUGGUGAUGGUGUGACAAUGCAGGUGCCUGGAAUACUACAUCAGUAUGUCAAUAUAAUGAUGGCUACAUCAUCUCAUCGAUAUACUAAAGAGGGAGUAUACAAUGUAAGUGUAACAGCCAGGAAUAGCCUCUCUGAGAUGACAUCAUACCUGGCCAAUCCAUUCUAUGUACAGCUCCCUCCUCAGGGACUCCAGCUGCACCCAGAGAUGGUUCGCACUCCAUUUGGUGAAGAGACAACCUUUACUGCUAGUGUUACAGGAGGCACCAACUUCACUUUUGACUGGAAGUUUGGGGACCAGUCAGAUAUUGUCAAUGAUGCAGGUCCGGUGAUGACACAUGAGUACACACAGGUCGGCAGGUACAGGGUCACAGUUAUUGCCAAGAAUGAUGUGUCACAACUCACCAAGACAGCAGAAGUCGAGGUCCUACACAGACUUCAGAGGGUGAACUUGUUGCUGCCUAAAUCGGUUGUUGCGACCUAUGAACAGUUGAUCUACAGAGCUGAAACCUUCCCUGAGAACGCUGAUGUUAGUUAUUUUGAAUGGAACUUUGGAGUCCAAGGAAAGCCAAAGCAAUCUUAUGAUCCUUAUAAGACACACAUGUACACAAUUCCUAGCAGGUAUACUGUAACAGUAUCAGCUUAUAAUUCUUUAAGUCGUGUUGAAUCAGAACCAAUGUUUAUUUUUGUCCAAUCACCAGUCAGUGAGUAUCUGGAGAUACGAUACGAUCCAAAAAAGCAACACCAUAUCGUGAAUGAAAGCAGCUCCUUCUCUGUGUAUCACUUCAGUGGUAACGACCUUUACUAUACAUGGAACUUUGGGGAUGGAACCCAAAAUAAAACUACUAAGUCCAAGACCAUGAGUCACAACUAUACCGAUGUGGGAGAGUACGUCAUUCGAGUAUGGGCAGAAAAUAUGCUGAGUAUGACAUCGGCUAGUGAUAACGUUUUUGUACUCGAAAAGAAGUGUGUCAAACCAGAGCUUGUUAUACAUGGAGAAUUUACUAAGGGAGAGAGUGUAUCAAUCCAUGUGAAUCGGUCCAAAGAGUUGUACGUAGAAGUAGAACUGAAGAAUGUAAACUGUGAUGUAACAAAUGCUACAACCUACGAGUGGACAUUUUAUAACUCCUCUUCUGGACGUGUGGUCCAACUGGACACAUUAGAAGAAGAUGUACUGCAAAAGAAAGUACUGAGAAUACCUGCAAGAGUUUUACCAUAUGGCACCUACGACCUCAAAGUGACGGUAACGGUGAGAGGAACAAUUGUUCACUCUGAGUGUCAGACCAAAGUGAGCGUGGAUCCUACACCACUAAUGUGCUCCAUCAAAGGAGGUGUGUACAGAGAAGUGAAACGGGACAGCCUUAUUGUUCUAGACGGUGCUAACUCCUUAGACCCAGACACUAACAGUCACUUAUCACUCAGACCAAAGAAAGCAUUAAUGGAAGGUAAUGGUAGUAUUGAGAUGAAAGCAACUAGAAAGGAAAAUAGAUUGCUUCUUAAUCUCCAUCUUAAUCUCCAUCACUUAAGGUUUAACUGGACAUGCUAUGUGGAUUUCGAUAAAGGAAAACCCUGUUUCAAGGAAAACCUUAGAGAUAAUGUUUCCAUGGAUACUGCUGGUAUAUCAUUUCUGGGAAGCUGGCUGAGAGAUGAUAGAAUGGAAUUCAUGAUGAUGUUAACACUGUCAGCAGAGAAUCGGGACCAUGUGGAGUGCUCUCAGAUGAUCCACAUCGGUGACCUACUGGAACUAAACAUUUACUGUCCACAAUGCGAUCAGUCGUUGGUGAAUUGGGACUGGCCAUUGUCCUUUCAAGCUGUAUGUUCUACCUGUGACUCUUUUGACCUUGAGUAUGAAUGGACUAUGUAUAAGGUGCCUGAUCUUGGUCAGACUAAUGUGAACCACCGAUAUGACAGGUUCAGUAGAGCGUGUGCCAUAGCAGGUCAAACACACAUCUCCAAAUUAGUUCAGAAGAACGAUGUUGACUCGAGUCGCUUCAGAACUGAAGGAGCGAGUCCCAGGUAUCCCAGUACCACCACCCCCAGGGCAGUCGGACUUUAUUAUCCUAUUGAGGAUCUCAGUGAAGGGAGAUCUAGAGGACAGAAGUUUUCCCCUCUGAUAUCAUUCCAGGAGAGUAGAUUGAGUAGACAGAGAGGAGCAGAUAAUGAACAAAACAUAUUGGGUACCGCUGAUAUUCCUGGAAAAGAUACAACUUAUACCAAAUUAGAUGUAGUUGAUGUCCAACACACAAAAACCAACAUGCUUAAUACUGCAGAUAUCUCUCAAAUAGACAAUGGGCAUAAUGCUUUUGAUAUAGGUGACAAUUAUAUAAUGGAUCAUGUUAUACAUGAUAUACUGGAUUCAUCAGAUAUCCCUCACCAGGACAGCAGACAUGACACCCUGGAUUCAUCAGAUAUCCCUCACCAGGACAGCAGACAUGACAUACUGGAUUCAUCAGAUAUCCCUCACCAGGACAGCAGACAUGACACCCUGGAUUCAUCAGAUAUCCCUCACCAGGACAGCAGACAUGACAUACUGGAUUCAUCAGAUAUCCCUCACCAGGACAGCAGACAUGACACCCUGGAUUCAUCAGAUAUCCCUCACCAGGACAGCAGACAUGACACCCUGGAUUCAUCAGAUAUCCCUCACCAGGACACCAGACAUGACACCCUGGAUUCAUCAGAUAUCCCUCACCAGGACAGCAGACAUGACAUACUGGAUUCAUCAGAUAUACCUCACCAGGACAGCAGACAUGACACCCUGGAUUCAUCAGAUAUCCCUCACCAGGACAGCAGACAUGACACCCUGGAUUCAUCAGAUAUCCCUCAACAGAACGGCAGACAUGACACCCUGGAUUCAUCAGAUAUCCCUCACCAGGACAGCAGACAUGACACCCUGGAUUCAUCAGAUAUCCCUCACCAGGACAGCAGACAUGACACCCUGGAUUCAUCAGAUAUCCCUCAACAGAACGGCAGACAUGACAUACUGGAUUCAUCAGAUAUCCCUCACCAGGACAGCAGACAUGACACCCUUGAUUCAUCAGAUAUCCCUCACCAGGACAGCAGACAUGACACCCUUGAUUCAUCAGAUAUCCCUCAACAGAACGGCAGACAUGACACCCUUGAUUCAUCAGAUAUCCCUCACCAGGACAGCAGACAUGACACCCUGGAUUCAUCAGAUAUCCCUCAACAGAACGGCAGACAUGACACCCUUGAUUCAUCAGAUAUCCCUCAACAGAACGGCAGACAUGACACCCUUGAUUCUUCAGAUAUCCCUCACCAGGACAGCAGACAUGACACCCUUGAUUCAUCAGAUAUCCCUCACCAGGACAGCAGACAUGACACCCUGGAUUCAUCAGAUAUCCCUCAACAGAACGGCAGACAUGACACCCUUGAUUCAUCAGAUAUCCCUCACCAGGACAGCAGGCAUGACACCCUGGCAUCAAUAGAUAUCCCUCAGCAGGACGGCAGACGUGAUACCCUGGAUUCAUUAGAUAUCCUUCAAUGGAAUGGCAGACAUGACACCUUGUCAUCAUUAGAUAUAGCUCAGCAGGACAGCAGACAUGACACCCUAGAUUUAUCAGGUAUCCCUCAACUGAAUGUCAGACAUGGCACUCUGGAUUCAUCAGAUAUCCCUCACCAGAACGGCAGACGUGACACCCUGGAUUCAUCAGAUAUCCCUCACCAGGACAGCAGACAUGACACCCUUGAUUCAUCAGAUAUCCCUCAACUGAAUGUCAGACAUGACACCCUGGAUUCAUCAGAUAUCCCUCAACGGGACAGCAGACAUGACACCCUGGAUUCAUCAGAUAUCCCUCAACGGGACAGCAGACAUGAAACCCUGGAUUCAUCAGAUAUCCCUCAACAGAACGGCAGACAUGACACCCUUGAUUCAUCAGAUAUCCCUCAACAGAACGGCAGACAUGACACCCUUGAUUCAUCAGAUAUCCCUCACCAGGACACCAGACAUGACACCCUGGAUUCAUCAGAUAUUCCUCAACGGGACAGCAGACAUGACACCCUGGACUCAUCAGAUAUCCCUCAACGGGACAGCAGACAUGAAACCCUGGAUUCAUCAGAUAUCCCUCAACAGAAUGGCAGACAUGACACCCUUGAUUCAUCAGAUAUCCCUCGCCAGGACAGCAGACAUGACACCCUUGAUUCAUCAGAUAUCCCUCAACAGAAUGGCAGACAUGACACCCUGGAUUCAUCAGAUAUCCCUCAAAUGGAGAACAAUGAUAAGACAUUAAAUGCAGCAGAUAUCCAUCAUAUAGUGGAUUCCCAUUUCAACAUGUUUAAUUCAAUAAUUGAAGAAAACACUAGAGUAGAAAGCUCACGUCGUAAGCCUCUCCCUCACACAGACAUGUUUGAAUUAAAAGAGGGCACACCUGGGGAGGAGGGCAGCUCCAUUGCACGUAAUCCAGCUUAUGACAAUGACAUAUUUGAAGACAAAACCUCUGGUAAUCGACAGAAGCCAGCUUUAGAGGAUAAUGAAAAUAGCGGUACCCCUGAGGACGAAGUUUACAUAGGAGGGUCAAAUAAUUUUGCCCAAGAGAAACACAUUCUAGAACAUGCCCACUACCCCUUGCUGCUGCGGUGGAAUGCCACAUUAACUGGUCUUAACAAGAGGUCACUUGUCCUAAAACCAAACAACGAAGCUAUCGAGCAAGGAAGCACAUACAUCAUGUAUGUUAAGGCUACAAGUAAAGAUGGUUUGGCUAAAGGUCAUGCGAUGGCACAGUUUAGGGUCAACCAGAGUCCUCACCAAGGUGAUUGCAGUAUCAAACCAGACUCAGGCGUUGAGAUGUCCACUGAGUUUACCAUAUUUUGUAAGGAAUGGAGGGAUGUUGAGGAGCAUUUGCCGCUUUGGUAUGAAGUGAGUUACAACUUGGAGGAAACUGACGUGCGAUAUGUGAUCUACCGCGGACUACGAUCGUCCAUUAACUUCAUACUUCCAGCCGGAAAUCCCAACAACAACCAUCGAGUGUUCGUGUACAUCACCAUCUUGGACAGCCUGUCGGGCCGCACGCCUGUCUGCCACGCACCCCUCACUGUUAGACCGCGGCAGGUCGAGGUGACCUUCGAAGCCGUCCCAUCGCUUACGGAUAUCAUAUUUCAUGAAGCUUUCAAUGGAAAUGGUUCCAUUGUCAAGGCUCAGGAGCAAGGCUAUGAACACAGGGUGAAGGUGCUUGUUCGUUACCUAGCAACAAGACUUAAUCAAUUGCCACAGUAUGGGUCAAAGGACAAUAAACUAAGACAGGUGAUUCGAUACAACCUUUUGAGAAGACUCAAAGACUUGCCAAUGAGGGAUGAGCUUGAGGUGAUACAAACACUACAGGCCCUGACAGCCUUGACAGAAGUUGCCAGUGAGCUGAGCCAAGUAUUGCUGGACCUGGCUAGUGCUGUGUUUAGAUCAAUCCUGGAUCGAGCAAGUGAGUUGUACAGUGAGGCUCUGACCCCUACGCACGAGCUGCUGACCCUGGCCGUAACCACUGCCUCCAAUGUUAUCAGUGCCACCGUCCGCAGUGCUGCUCGGGACAAACACCGGUUCUACCGAACGUCCAUGUCCACUUUCAUCCAUACCCUUGACCAGCUACUCAAGAAUGAGCUGAAGUUCCAUGCAGUCGGCCAGGAACCAAUCAAGGAACAUGCUUAUUUUGUCAAAACUAUGGCUUCAAGAUUCAGUUUCAAAGACAGACCAGUACUUGGAAUUGACCAAUCAAAAUUCACAUUACCAAGGGAUAUGUCUGUGAUAAUGAAGAAAGACAACUAUUCGUUGGAUACUUUUUCACCCAAUCAUGACUGUUUUCAGGUCCACAUGACUAAAUUUCUUGGGAAUCCUUACGUUUUUGAUCAUGAUAAGAAUGCAAAGGUUGACUCAGAAGUGGGUUCCCUGAAAAUUUAUACGUGUGAUGGAGAAUCGGUACAAGUGAGUGGUCUCCAGGACGACAAUAUGGUUACUAUGGAGAUCCCACGACUUCCUCUUAAGGAGGAGACGACUCUGUCAGAUUUAGUGGUACAGCAUCGUCUUGAGAGAACAUUGAUGAACCUUCAUCAGUUUAAUGUGAGCAGAGAACAGCAACAGCAUUCACUUAACAUCAUCUUUACACUGACUCCAGCUAUAGGGGAACGCCUCUUUCCUAUAGCCUUGAUGAUAGGGCUGCAAGUCCCGCCUACCCCAGACAAACACCUACUGAGGCGUGAAUUUGAUGUGACAUCCUUACAGGCCAAACUCUUUCUGCCUGCUGGGUACUUUAAUGUUACAGGCAGUUACUACUUGGGAAUAGUUGAUGGUAUGUACAACUCUGGCAGACACAGACAAGGGGAGGCAACUCAAAGGAACUACACCCUCAAGAUGUGGUGGGCUGAGUGUAUCUAUUGGAAUGAGACUCAGAGCGAGUGGUCAGAUGAAGGUUGCUGGAGCACGGGGGAGUCAACAUUCCAUGUAACACACUGCCGCUGUAAUCACCUAACUGCUUUUGGUAGCCACUUCGAUCUCGUUCCAAAUGAAUUGUCCUUCAUCGCAGUAGAAGACUUUUUUUCUCACCAUGAGAACCUCACCACGGUAACAUUAUUAGUGGUCAUUUUAUGUCUGUAUGCCAUUCUCAUGGUCAUCUGUCACCGUGCGGAUAUCCAUGAUGCCAAGAAAGGGGGGAUAACUUAUCUUCAAGACAACACAAUCACUGAUCAACAGAGGUUUGAGGUUACCGUGGAAACAGGCUUCAGAAAAGGGGCAGGAACUACAGCUAAGAUCAGCCUCAUACUUCAUGGUGAAGAAGGCAUGUCCGAGACAAGGGAGCUAAUAACAGAUGAUCCUCGCCCUCUGUUCGAACGAAACUCCAGGGACAAGUUCAUCCUCACGUUACCGGACAGCAUUGGUAAAAUAUGGAAGGUACAAAUCUGGCAUAACAACUCUGGACAGUCCCCAAGCUGGUAUCUUAGUCGAGUCAUUGUCAAAGACCUCAACAAUGGUAACAUAUACUACUUCCUAUCGGAGAAAUGGCUGGCAGUUGAAGAGGAAGAUGGGAAAGUGGAGCGGGAAUUUAUGGCACUCGAGGGCAGUCUUGGUGUCAGAAAGGUUUUCUGGGCCAAAGGUACCCAGUACAUGGCUGACUACCAUCUGUGGACAUCUCUGUUUACUCAUCCUUCUCCGAGUCAGUUCACACGUACCCAGCGUCUCACGUGCUGUCUCACCUUGCUCAUGAUGUACAUGUGUCUGAAUGCCAUGUGGUAUAAGCAGGCACCUUCAGAAGUGAGAGGAGAGUUUGGACUGUUGGACUUGUCACUACGAAAUGUGACUGUUGGUGCCAUAUGUUGUGCAGUAACCAUUCCUGUCAAUCUGUUUGUGGCCCUUCUGUUUAGGCGGAGCAAGAAGCAGAAGUCGACAGGUGAGGUUGACGCAGAGUUGGAAGAGGAGAAAGAUAAACACUAUUCGAGUGGUAAACCUGAUGGUGUUACUCCGGAUGAUGAUGAGGAUUCGGAGGCUGUCCAACCAGUAAUGACAUAUAGUAUCCUUGACCAGUCCAUAUUGAACUGGCCAAGCAUUCAGGACUGGGCACAGAAACAGUGGAUCAAACGCCAGCACUCCACCAUGUCUAUAGAAGAGACUACUAGCGGCAAAACUAAUGACAACACAAUACAACAGGGGCAGACAACUCUAACACCCACACACAUACUCCAUAAACGUGUGAUCGGCUCUGAAACUGACCAGGCUUCAAGUGGGUUUGAGGACUCCAACAGUACUGACCCACGUCCACAAAUGACUAUUAGCUCUCAGGCCAGCAGCAUCAAGAACAAGGCACCCUCUGUGUCUAGUUCUGUCAGCCAGAAGUCAUCAGUUCUGAGUUCCAGGAAGGCCUUCCAACGCCAGUGGUUUUUACCCUACUGGUGUCAGUAUGUUGCCUGGACUUUAUGUGCCAUCAUCUGCCUAGGUUGUGCAGUUGUCACCGUUCUUUAUGGAUUCAGGUUUGGUCACACCAAGGGAGUGAUGUGGUUACAGUCGCUGUACUUCAGUGCCAUAGUGUGUAUCUUUAUAUCUCACCCACUAAUGAUCUGUAUAGCAGUAGUUUACACAGCCAUCAAAUACAGAAACAAUCCAUCAAUCCUUGACCACUAUGAGGACGGGGCAUUUGGGGAGCAAGCCAAGCUGGAGAUACUGAGGAGGAAAAAGGAGAAAGCCAAGGAAACAGUGGAUGAACAUAAGGAAAUUGAAAGGGGUGUAGCUGCCAGACAGAGGUCACGAUACCUGAGAUUUGCCCGACCCCCACAGGAAAAACAGCUGAUUGAAGCCAGGAAGAAGAUCCUGAAGGAGAAGAAAGCUAUGUCCCUAAUCAGUAAUUCUGUUGGAUUCUGUGUGAUGAUUGUCCUGUUGUGUGUUAUGGCCUACGGAAAGGAUAUUAUCACUUCUCCAUUCUACCUUAAUGAAGCUAUUAAAAAUUCAUUGGUCAGAUCUGGUACAGUAAAGUUUGCUGAUAUGGCUAGUCCUGAAAACUGGUACAGCUGGAGUCAAACUACAAUGCUAGAUGCCUUGUACUCCGACAACACUGAACAGGAAAACAAUUCCAAAGUCAUUCAGAAUUUUGUCCUCCAUGGUAGCAGCUUUGUGAUUGGUCAGAUUCACUUACGUCAGUUGAGAGUAGUAAAAGAACCUUGUCUACAGACUUUGCCACACCUGCCAGAGUACUGUCUCCAUGACUACAGUUACACCAACAAAAUGACAGAUAUUUCACCAGACUUAAAUGAGACAUGGACAGAAAGUAAAUCUUUCAUCAAAGUCUUCGGGAAGCAUGGCAUCUAUGAUAACUCCGGAUUUGUUGUCAAGUUAGACAAUUCUAGGUCCACAGCCUUGUCCCAACUACAGAGUCUGGAGACAGGUGGCUGGAUUAACAAACACACAAGAGUCGUCAUUGUAGAAUUCACAUUAUUUAAUGCACCAACAAAUCUCUUUUCAUCUGUCACAUUAUUUAUGGAAUUACCACCCACUGGGGGCACUUUUAUGGGAUAUCGUGUGAUGUCAACAUAUCUGUACCGAUAUAUGUCAGCUGCUGAUAACUUUGUCCUGGCUUGUGAGUUGUGUUUUGUGAUCCUGACUUUGUACAAACUGAAGAAUGAGGUGUGCAAUGUGAUAAAACUGAAAAAGAACUACCUGUACAGCGUCUGGAACAUUGUACAGUGUUUGAUGGUGACCCUGUCCCUCGGCUACAUCAGCUGUUACCUGUACAGAUUUAUAUUUCUUGUGUAUCACUGUAAACCAUUACAUAAUUCCAGUGUUUGA